AUGGGAGUUAGACAAGGAGAUGCUCUCUCGACAAUGCUCUUUAACCUGACGCUGGAAGCAUCUAUUCGGAAACUUGAGAUCUCAGGACAUAUAGGCAUCAAAUCAAUACACAAUGGAAAAAAAUUAUCGAACAACCUAAGACCCACACAGGGUUAUAACGCUACAAGAAGAAGAAUAAGAAGAUUAAAUGUUAUUUUAACAGGUGCUUGUUCAUAUUCAACAACACCACCACCACCAGGCAAAAGAUCCAAGACUCCAAUCGGUGCUGAUCGAUUUAUUCCUGUUAGAAGUGCAACCAAUUUUGAACUUACACAUUAUAAGGUGACGCAGGGACAACAACUAGAUGAUGAAUUAAUAAGCCCUUCACAGAAAGGAUAUCAGCGCUUCAUGUCAGAGUAUCUGUUUGGCAGAGAUGUUAGAAAUAUGAGGCUUCUGUCAUACAAGAACAAAGCACCAGGAAGGCCUGAUGGAUUCUCGGAUUCUUUGAUUAAUAUGUAUUCCAAGGCACCAGCAUCAACAAAAAGUUCAACUAGAUACAUUCCAAAAAAUCCAGACCGAAUUCUUGAUCCUCCUGACAUUGUGGAUGACUAUUGUUAAAUCUGAACCUGGUCGAUUGGAGUCCCAACAACAUUCUGGCAGUUGCUCUUAACACCAGUGUGUAUCUGUGGAAUGCUGG